UGUGCUGGUGUGUGCAUGCGUGUGUCAGUGUGUGCUUGGGGCUGCACGUGUCUGUCAGGGUGUGCACGUGCUGGGGUGUUUUGUGCAUGUGUUGGGGUGUGCAUGGGUGUGUGUGUGUGUGUGUGUGUGUGUGUUGCACGUACCCACGGGCCCUUACGUGACGCUGCCGGGAGAGGUCAGCAGAGCUGCAGCCACCAGAGCUGACACUGUGUGUGUGUGUGUGUGUGUGUGUGUGUGUGUGUGUGUGUGUGUGUGUGUGUGUGCGUGUGUGUAGGGGUGUGCAUGCGUGUGUUUGCACGUGUGCGCGUGUCUGUGUGCAGCGCUGUGCCUGCCUGGGGGUGGGUGUGUGCACGGGGGGGGCACGCAGCAGCCGGCGUGCCCGGGUGCAGCACGCCGUGCCAGCCGUGUGCACACGCGUGUGCGGCGCAGGGCAGCCGCCGGCGAGCGUGCCGCCUCGGGGCCGGCGCCUGGCCCCUGUCCCGCGUGUCCCGCGUGUCCCACCGUGUCCCUGCGCCGCCAGCAAGGAGUUAAGGUGGGGGGGCCGUGCCCGCCCCCGCUUCCUGCUCUGCCCUGCAGCCCGUGCGCCCUGCGCCCAGAAGCUCCCGCGCCCAUAGGUUCCUGCGCCCAUAGGUUCCCGUGCCCAUAAGCUCCCGCGCCCAUAGGUUCCCGCGCCCGUAAGCUCCUGUCUCUAUAAGCUCCCGUCCCUAUAAGUCCCCGCGCCCGUAAGCCCGGGGCGGGCACUGCGGCCAUGUGGGCCCUGCUGCUGCUGGCGGUGCUGGGCGCGCUGGCCCUGGGGCUGGUGGCCCUGGGGCUGGUGACCCGCCGGCUGGUGGCCCCCGGGCGCAACCCCUUUGCCGAGGUGCCCGCGGGGACGCCGGGGCCGCUGGUGACGGAGCAGCGGGCCAGGGACAAGGUGCUGAAGCAGGGGUUCAGCGCGGCCCGGGUGCCGCGGGAGCUGGACGCCGUGGUGAUCGGCAGCGGCAUGGGGGGCCUGGCGGCGGCCGGCGCCCUGGCCAAGGCGGGCAAGCGGGUGCUGGUGCUGGAGCAGCACGACCAGGCCGGCGGCUGCUGCCACACCUUCGAGGAGCGCGGCAGCGAGUUCGACGUGGGCAUCCACUACGUGGGGCAGAUGCACGAGGGCAGCAUGCUGCGCGUGGCGCUGGACCAGCUCACGGACGGGCGGCUGGGCUGGCAGCGCCUGGCCGACCCCUACGACGUGGUGUGCCUGGGCGCCCGGCAGUACCAGCUCCGCGCCGGCAAGGCCGCCUUCGCCGCCGCCCUCGAGGAGCAGUUCCCCGCCGAGAAGGCGGCCAUCCGGGAGUUCAUGCGGCUCUCCAAGCUGGCCGCCAGGCGCGUGGCCCUGCUGGCGGUGCUGAAGAUGGUGCCGCUGUGGCUGGCCACCUUCCUCGUCCGCACCGGCCUCGCCUACUGGAUCUCGCCCAUCUUCCGCAUGGCGGCCACCAGCCACAGCGAGGCCGUGGCCCAGCUGACGGCCGACGGCGACCUCCGGGCCCUGCUCAGCUACCUCUUCUAUGGGACGGCGCCGCGGGACUCCAGCUUCCUCAUCAACGUGCUCAUGGUGCACCACUACCAGCGGGGCGCCUGGUACCCGCGCGGCGGUGCCAGCGAGAUCGCCUUCCACGCCGUGCCCGUCAUCGCCCGCGCCGGCGGCGCCGUGCUCGUCCGCGCCCCCGUCUCCCGCAUCCUCGUCUCGCCGGCCGGUGCCGCCGUGGGGGUGGCCGUGCGGAGGGGGCCGAGCGAGGAGGAGGUGGAGAUCUUCGCGCCCGUCGUCAUCUCCGACGCCGGCGUCUUCAACACCUUCGGCAAGCUGCUGCCGCCGGAGCUGCGGAGCCACCCGGGCGUCCGCUCCCGCCUGGACAUGGUGCGGCCCGGCAUGGGCUCCUUCCUGGUGUUCGUGGGGCUGCGGGGCACCGCGGCCGAGCUGGCCUUGCCCUCCACCAACUUCUGGCUCUACCCGCACAACGACCUGGACGGGAUGAUGAGCCGCUACGCCGCCCUGAGCCGCGAGGACGUCCCCGACAACCUGGCCAUGAUGUUCAUCACCUUCCCCGCGGCCAAGGACCCCACGUACCAGGAGAGGCACCCAGGGCGCUCGUGCAUGACCCUCCUGACCAUGGCGCGGUACGAGUGGUUCGAGGAGUGGGCCGGGACCCGCGCCAAGCACCGCGGCGCCGGCUACCAGCAAUACAAGAUGGCCAUCGCCCAGCGGCUGCUGGAGAGGGCCCUGCAGCGCUUCCCCCAGCUCCGCGACAAGGUGGAGUUCGUGGAGGCCGCCUCGCCGCUCACCAACCAGCACUACCUGGCCGCCCCGCGCGGGGAGAUGUACGGGGCCGAGCACGACGUGGGCCGCUUCGCCCCGGCCGCCGUGGCCGCCAUGCGAGCCGAGACGCCCGUGAGGAACCUCUACCUGACCGGGCAGGACGUGUUCAGCUGCGGGCUGGCGGGCGCCCUGCACGGGGGGCUGCUCUGCGCCUCCGCCGUCCUCGGCCGCCUGCUCUACGUGGACCUGCUGCUCCUCAAGAGGAAGAUCAAGCAGCGCCGGGGCCGCGAGGCGGCUUGAGCCGCCGGCCGAAAGCGCCAACGCGUCCACCGAACCGGGGAGCCCCGGCGGCGCCGGCGGCCGGGACGCGGCUGACGCAGGCUCACGCGGGCGCCGCGCCG